UAAAUUUCAAAAUAUCUGGGCAUGACAUAAUUUCAAGAGUUCACAACCACAGAAAAAGGCAUUUCCUCAGCAGCAUUGGCCCCAGGAACAGUUGAAUGGCAAACUACAAAUGUUAUCAAGGAGACAAAAGCAAAAGAACAACUACACCACUACCAAUAAGACAGCUGCAAAAGAAUUUAAAAAAAAAAGAGUGAGCUGUAUUAUGUCGGUUCACAAAAAUGCUUACUUCCUUGACAUUUCAUCCUUACCUUCCCACCUAGCUCCACUCUCAAAACUGCUCACUUCCUCGACAAUAUUCAUCCUUCCCACCUGUGUUUUUUUCAAGAAAGAGAAAGAGCUGGGCUUCUCAGAUACUUGGAGCUUUUAACUGUUCAAUCUUUUGUAGUUUUCAUACAGAAAGGAUCCAUGGCUUCCUCAACAACCCAAAUCUUCUCUUCUUCUACUUCCACUUCCAACCCUCAAUUCACUUACGAUGUUUUUUUGAGUUUCAGAGGUGAAGACACCCGCUCUACUUUCACAGACCAUCUCUAUAGUGCUUUGGUUUCUAAUGGGAUUCACACAUUUAGAGAUGACGAAGAACUUGAGAAAGGAGGAGUUAUUGCAGGAGAGCUCUUGAAUGCUAUUGAAGAAUCAAGGAUUUUCAUCAUCAUUUUUUCGAAAGACUAUGCUAAUUCCAGUUGGUGUUUAAAUGAGCUCGAGAAGAUCACUGAAUGCAUGGCAACAAAUGAUCAGCAAAUAAUUCUACCAAUUUUCUACCAUGUGGAUCCAUCGGAAGUGCGAAAACAGACUGGGACUUAUGGAGAAGCGUUUGCAGAUCAUGAAAAGGAUGCAGACCAGGAGAAGAAGGAGAAGAUACAAAAAUGGAGGAUUGCCUUGACAGAAGCAAGCAAUCUAGCUGGAUAUGACCGGCAGAAAUAUCAGUACGAAUCAAAGCUUAUUAUGGAGAUUAUCGACGACAUCCUUAAAAAAUUGAAUCCUAAGGUUUUAUAUGUCAAUGAGGACAUAUGUGGAAAGGAACUUCGCUUGAAAGAAUUGAAAUCAUUGCUAAGUAUUGAAUUGAUCGAUGAUGUUCGCAUGAUUGGGAUUUAUGGGAUUGGUGGAAUCGGUAAAACUACCAUUGCUAAGAUGGUUUACAAUGAUGUCUUAUGUCACUUCAAAGGUAGUAGCUUUCUUGAAGAUGUCAAAGAGAGAUCCAAAUGUCAUCAUGGUAGACUUCAAUUGCUUCAAGAGUUCCUUCAUGGUACAUUGAUGGUAAAAGAUCUAAAAUUAAGUAAUAUUGAUGAAGGAAUCAAUAUGAUAAAGAAUAGGCUCUGUCGAAAAAGGAUUCUUCUUAUUCUUGAUGAUGUAGACCAUUUGGAUCAAUUGAAGUUAUUGGUUGGAAGUUGUGAAUGGUUUGGUCCAGGAAGUAGAAUCAUCAUAACCACUAGAGAUAAACAUUUGUUAAACGUGCAUAGAGUGGAUGCAGUAUAUGAGGUUAAAGAGUUAGAUCACAAAGAAGCUAUUCAACUCUUCAGUAGGCAUGCCUUUAAACAAAACAUUCCUCCAAAAAAUUAUGAAGACCUCUCGAAUUGUGUGAUAAAUUAUGCUAAGGGUCUUCCAUUGGCUCUUAAAGUUCUAGGUUCUUUUCUUUAUGGCAUGACAAUAGAUCAAUGGAAGAGUGCUUUAGAUAAAUUGAAGGGAAAGCCUAACAUGGAAAUACACAAUGUGCUUAGAAUAAGUUUUGAUGGACUCGACCACACAGAAAAACAAAUAUUUCUUGAUAUUGCCUGCUUUUUUAAAGGAGAAGAUAAAGAUUUUAUUUCAAGAAUAUUAGAUGGUUGUAAUUUCUUUGCAAAUAUAGGGUUGAAAAUUCUUUGUGAUAGGUGUCUCAUAACAAUUUCAAAUAGUAAGAUUCAUAUGCAUGAUUUAAUACAACAAAUGGGUCAAGAAAUUGUUCGUGAAAAAUAUCCCGAUGACCCUAAUAAAUGGAGCAGAUUGUGGGAUCCAGAUGAUAUCUAUCGUGCGUUUUUAAGAAAAGAGGUAAGAAUCAACUACAUGGACCUUCUUGAAUCUUAUAAACUUCACAUGCAUAUAAAACACGAAUUAACUAAGUUCUAUAUAUUUGUGUUUCCCUCAUUGUUGGUUUUUAUUUUUCAGGGAAUGAAAAAAAUUGAAGCCAUAUCCUUGGACUUCUCUAGAUUGAAAGAAAUACAGUUGAGUACAAAAGUUUUCUCAAGAAUGAAGAAACUUAGAUUACUCAAAGUCUAUUGGAGUGAUCAUUCUAGUUUUACGAAAAAAGAGUCUAAGGUGUUCAUUCCAAAAGAUUUCGAAAUUCCUUCUCAUGAGUUAAGAUACCUUUAUUGGGAAGGAUACUCUUUGAAUUGCUUACCAUCAAAUUUUCAUGGAGAAAACCUUGUUGAGCUUGAAUUAAGGUAUAGCACAAUAAAACGACUUUGGAAAGGGAGUAAGGGUCUUGAAAAGUUAAAGUUCAUCAAUCUAAGUCACUCAGAGAAGCUCACUAAAAUAUCAAAAUUCUCAGGAAUGCCAAAUCUAGAGAGGCUAAAUCUUGAAGGUUGUACAAGUUUGCGAAAAGUUCACUCAUCCCUUGGAGUUCUAAAGAAGCUUACUUCCUUACAACUGAAAGACUGCCAAAAACUUGAAAGUUUCCCAAGCAGCAUUGAGUUGGAAUCCCUUGAAGUUCUUGAUAUCUCUGGUUGCUCCAACUUUGAGAAAUUUCCAGAGAUUCAUGGGAAUAUGAGACAUUUGAGGAAGAUCUAUUUAAAUCAGAGUGGUAUUAAAGAACUUCCAACCAGCAUUGAAUUCUUGGAGUCUCUUGAAAUGCUUCAACUAGCAAAUUGCUCAAACUUUGAGAAAUUUCCAGAGAUCCAGAGGGAUAUGAAAAGUCUACACUGGCUUGUGUUAGGUGGGACUGCGAUUAAAGAGCUACCCUCCUCGAUAUAUCAUCUAACAGGACUUCGGGAGCUCAGCCUGUAUAGGUGCAAAAACUUGAGGAGACUUCCAAGCAGUAUUUGUAGGUUGGAAUUUCUUCAUGGUAUCUAUCUCCAUGGCUGCUCAAAUCUGGAGGCCUUUCCGGAUAUCAUCAAGGACAUGGAAAAUAUAGGGAGACUUGAAUUAAUGGGAACGUCUCUAAAAGAGCUACCACCAUCAAUUGAACAUCUAAAAGGUCUUGAAGAGUUGGAUUUGACAAAUUGUGAAAACCUUGUGACUCUUCCAAGCAGCAUUUGCAAUAUCAGAUCUCUCGAACGUCUUGUUUUGCAAAAUUGUUCAAAACUCCAGGAAUUGCCAAAGAACCCGAUGACCCUGCAAUGUUCAGAUAUGAUUGGCUUAUGUUCCUUAAUGGAUCUAAAUCUAAGUGGCUGCAACCUGAUGGGAGGAGCUAUACCCAGUGAUUUAUGGUGCCUAUCCUCAUUGAGACGAUUAAAUCUAAGUGGAAGCAAUAUCAGAUGCAUACCAUCAGGCAUCAGUCAGCUGAGAAUUCUUCAGUUGAAUCACUGCAAGAUGCUUGAAUCAAUUACCGAGCUUCCAUCAAGUUUACGAGUCUUAGAUGCCCACGACUGCACCCGCCUGGACACUUUAUCAAGUCUAUCUAGCCUUCUCCAGUGUUCUUUGUUCAGUUGCUUCAAAUCAGCAAUUCAGGAGUUGGAACAUGGUAUUGAGUCAUCCAAGAGUAUAGGAAUCAAUAUUGUUAUUCCUGGAAGUAGGGGAAUCCCAGAGUGGAUAUCCAAUCAGGAACUUGGAAGUGAAGUAACAGUCGAGCUUCCUAUGAAUUGGUGUGAGGACAAUGACUUCCUGGGAUUUGCUUUAUGCUCUCUUUAUGUUCCUCUUGACGAUGCAUUUGAGGAUGGUGGCUUAGAAUGUCGGUUGAUCGCUUUCCAUGGUGAUCAAUUCAGACGUGUGGAUGAUAUCUGGUUUAAAUCCUCCUGUAAAUACUAUGAAAAUGGUGGUGUAUCAUACCUUCAUAAAUGUUGCGAUAAUGGUGAUGUCUCAGAUUGCGUACUUUGGGUGACCUAUUAUCCUCAGAUUGCUAUCAAGAAGAAGCAUCGCUCCAAUCAAUGGAGGCACUUCAAGGCUUUAUUUAAUGGCCUUUACAACUGUGGUAGCAAAGCCUUUAAAGUGAAGAAAUGUGGGGUUCAUCUUAUAUACGCACAAGAUUUUCAGCCCAACCAUUAUUCAUCUCAGCUGUUGAGGGAAACCGCUAAUUGUAAUGUUAAGAGAAGCCGUGAUGACACAGAAAGCGACCCAGCUGAAGGUCCAUCACAUAAAAGGUUAAGAGAUCUCGAGCCUUGAAUUCAGAUAUACAUACAUAUACAUAGUGGUUGCACCAGCAAAGCUACCUUCUUUGAAUCACUGGAAAUGGCUCUAGGUGCAGUGCUUUUUUGCUAAUAAUAUUGUUGGGAGUGAUGAGUAGAAUGAUGACUUUGUGUUGUUGAGGACGGAGGAGAACUCAAUCAGUGGCUCCUUGGUCAAGCUCAAGCUCAUGUUGAUAGAAUGAUAGUAACAUCUUCUAGAUCUCCUUUCUUUUUAUUUUUAUGGUUGAUCUUAAUUUGUAUUUUAAAAAUUAUUUACAAUGCCUAAGAAUGGAAUUCAUAUCUUUUCUCUGUUACUGAGUGAUAAGUCAUUUUAUUUCCCUUACAAGAUCAUUUGGCAAAGGGAUUAGAGCGCCUAAGUUUUCUAUUAUGUUUUCACUCUUUUGCC